CUUCAGAGAACGUUAGAUAUUGCGAAGAAAAUAUGGAGUUUCUGAUCAAGAGUAUGUUCUUUGCAUUUAUCCUUUCAAAUCCACCGAAGGGAUAUGCCACUGCAAUCAAAGCUUCAUUAGAAACAUCUUCAGGAGUUAUUACAAACUACAUUACUACCACUCACUUUAACUGGUCAGGAGGAGGGAGCGAGCCAACACCAAUUAACAGUAAUAAUGACACAAUUUCUGUUUCCGAUUCAGCAAGAAAUGAUGGAGCAUCAUUUGUAUCAAAUCCUGCAAAAGGUAUUGGGGUCUCAUCUUUGUCUGCACCAGAAGAAUCCAUUGUAGAAAGACAAUACAAUAAUCGUGAUGAAGCAGAAUUUGCUAUUGAGGGAGAACCUUCAAUUAAACGUAUCGGUGAUGCAAUCUUAUCUGGUGCGAGCAUUGGAAAAAAUCUAUACGACAGUAUUAAUUUAGGUAUUGGUGGAACACUUGGAUCUUUAUUUGGAAGUACUGGUAAAGCAGCCCCUUCAGGUGAAAAAAUUGUUGAAAACAAAAACGCAAACACUUGUAAACCAGGUUUCCCAUUUGCAGAUGUAAAUUGUUUUAAAGGGAUUGAUGAUAAAAUCACAUCAGUAGGACAUGCUGUAGCAACAAAAUACGGCAAUACUGAUAAACCAAUUGCUCCUGGAGGAGUAUCUUCAAAUGGGGUUAUUAAUGGUGCAGUCACACCAGGAAAGAGGGUUGUAGUAACACACGAUAAUUCUGGUAAACCAGUAUUUACUGUUGGAGGAGUAUCUUCAUUCCCAGGGAUGAGUAGUGCCGCCGCACCAGAAAGGAGCAUCUCAGCAAUAAAUUAUGGUAAUUCUGGUGAAGCAGGAGCUGCUAUUGGGGGAAUACCUUCACUUGAAGGUAUUGGUGAUAUAGCCGCACCUAGAGGGAACGUUGUAAACACGCAAUACGGCAAUACUGGUUCAGCUCUUAGUGGACUAUUAUCUUUACUUGGUGCUACUGGUGAUUCACCCGUAUUAGGAGCAAAAGAUGUAGGAACACAAAACAAUAAUUCUGGUAAACCAGUAUUUACUGUUGGAGGAGUAUCUUCAUUCCCAGGGAUGAGUAGUGCCGCCGCACCAGAAAGGAGCAUCUCAGCAAUAAAUUAUGGUAAUUCUGGUGAAGCAGGAGCUGCUAUUGGGGGAAUACCUUCACCUAAAGGAAUUGGUGAUAUAGCCGCACCUAGAGGGAACGUUGUAAACACGCAAUUCGGCAAUACUGGUUCAGCUCUUAGUGGACUAUUAUCUUUACUUGGACCCUUUGGUGAUUCAGCCGUAUUAAGAACAAAAGAUGUAGGAACACAGAACGAUAAUUCUGGUAAACCAGGACUCCCACUUGGAGGGGUAUCUUCAUUUCCAGACAUAAAUGGUGCCAUCGCACCCGAAAGGAGCGUUUCCGCAAUAAAUUACGGUAUUUCUGGUGAAGCAGGAGCUGCUAUUGGGGGAAUACCUUCACUUGGAGGUAUUGGUGAUAUAGCCGCACCUAGAGGGAACGUUGUAAACACGCAAUACGGCAAUACUGGUUCAGAUCUUGGUGGAUUAUUAUCUUUAGUUGGGGGCACUGGUGAUUCUGCCACAUUAGGAGCAAAGGGUGUAGAAACACAAAACGAUAAUUCUGGUAAAGCAGGACUCUCUCUUGGAGGAUUAUCUUCAUUCCCAGGCGCCGUCCCACCAGAAAGGAGCGUUUCAGCAAUAAAUUACGGUAAUUCUGGUGAAACAGGAGCUGCUAUUGGGAGUAUACCUUCAUUUGAAAGUGUUGGAGAUAUAGCUGCAUCUAGAGGGAAUGUUGUAAAAACGCAAUGCGACAAUGUUGGUUCAGCUCUUGGUGGAGUACCUUUAGUUGCAGGUAUUGGAGGAGGUGCAGCCGCACCAAGUAUGCACGGCAGUACUAUUAAAACUGGCCAUGAGGGAUUAUCCUCAUUUGGAGGUAACGGUGCAGUUGUAUCAGGUGGAAACAUUGUAGGAACACAAUAUGCCAAUUCUGUUAAACCUGGGAUUGCUCUUGCAAAAGCGUCUUCAUUUGGAGGUGUAAGUGGUGCAGUCGCGCCAGAAAGAAAUGCUGCAGUAACUCUAUACGGCAAUACUGGUCCUGCAGCCACAUCAGAAGGGGAUGCUGUAGGAAUAUGGCAUGACAAGAUUGGCGGAGCAGGAUUUUCACAGGAACGAAUACCUUCAAUUGGCGCAGCUGCAUCAGCUGGUAAUGUUGGAGAAUCACAGUAUAACAGUGCUGGUUCUGCUUUUGGUGAACCAUUAUUAGCUGGAGGCAUAAACUUACCAGUGUUGAACCAUAGAUUAAUGCCAUACAGCAAUAUUAAAGCAUCUGACGCCCCUGGAGCCAACCAUCCAGUAGUUUCGAAUUCUCCUGGAUCCAGUGCAUCGUUUUCUAUCCACGGAUGAACUUAUAUGCUGCGUUAUAGUUAUUAGA